UUUUGGACACCCGCCACCAACCUAUUUAUAAAGCUCUCAACUUCAAUUUCGUGCCUCUUCUUUGUGUUUCUCCGUUGCGUUGAACAUUAUUGCUCUACAAAUAAAAAAUUAAAAGAAAAAAAAAAAAAACAAAAAUUCCCAAAUCCGAGCUCUGGUGAAGAGAUUAGGGUUCUAAAUCAUGGAUGACAACCGCAUGAAGUUAUUGAUCUUGUUCUCGAUGUCGGUGUUCCUCUUGAUGUUAGAAGCCAAAACCGCAGACCCCUACAAGGUUCUUGGGGUUGAGCGAAAUGCAAGUCAACGAGAAAUUCAGAAAGCUUUUCACAAGCUCUCUCUUCAAUAUCACCCAGAUAAGAAUAAAAACAAGGGAGCUCAAGAGAAGUUUGCCGAGAUAAAUAACGCAUAUGAAAUUUUAUCUGAUGAAGAAAAGAAAAAAAAUUAUGAUAUGUAUGGAGAUGAGAAGGGUAAUCCUGGGUUUGGUGCUGGUCAUCCUGGGGAUCAGGGUGGAUAUACUUACUUCACAAGUGGUGGACCAGGAGGCAACCAGUUUUCCUUCAGACCAGGUGAAUGGCAAAGUACAGGAGGCGAGGGAGCUUCAAAAUCAUUCUCGUUUUCCUUUGGUGGUGCUGGUGGCCCAAGUUCAUUUGGUUUUGGUAUGGAUGAUCUUUUCUCCAACUUUUUUGGGGGUAAUGGUGAUAGUAUGUUUGGUGGUUUUGGUAGUAGAACUGGGUCACGAGCUGGGUCACGAACUGGGUCGCAAAGUGGGUCCAGAAGUUCUUCAAAGAGCAUUAGGGCCAUUAAUUCAUGUGACUUUAAGAAAGAAAUAGCUGUUCAAGGGAUGACUUGGCUUUUGUUCUCUUUUACACCCUCAUUGAAAGGGAAUCAUUAUGUUGAAUCUACUGUGGAGGAGGUUGCCAGUUUAUUGCAGGGAGCCUUAAAGGUUGGAAGCAUAAAUUGUGAGACAGAACUGUCUUUAUGUAAGGACCUUGGCAUAUUACCUAGAAGAAUGCCCAGGGUGUUUGUUUAUUCAUACAAAGCAAGUGACAAGGGAUCUUUGGUGGAGUAUGCUGGUGACUUGGCUGUUAAGGAUUUGAAAACCUUUUGCCAAGACCAUUUGCCAAGGUUUUCAAAACGUGUUGACUUGAAGAGUUUUGAGUUUUCAGGGGUCACACUUGAAAAAUUGCCGACUGUGAUACUUCUUUCCACCAAAAAGGAUACUCCUGUCAUAUGGCGUGUCCUUAGUGGCUUGUACCGGAAACGCAUAAUUUUCUAUGAUGUAGAGGUUCGGGAUGUUUCUGAUCCUAUGGUGAGAAAGUUGGGAGUUGAUGCACUACCAGCGGUUGUUGGAUGGCUAUCAAAUGGGGAGAAAAACAUUUUAAAAGCGGGGAUUAGUGUGAAAGAUUUGAAAUCUGCAGUUCAUGAUCUCAGUAUCCUUCUAGAUGGUUUUGAAAAACAGAACAAAAAGGUAGCUUCAAGUCAGCCCAGAAAAGCAGAGACUGAUUUUGGAGACAAUCACAUACCUGUCUUGUCAGGGUCUAAUUUUGAUGCCUUAUGUGGUGAGACAACUCCUGUUUGCAUAAUUGGGGCCUUCAGAUCUUCCAGGGCUAGGGAGAAGGUGGAGUCAAUUUUAAACAAGGUCUCCCAGAAAUCACUAUCAAGGCAACCAACUUCAGCCUUAGGCUCGAGGGAUUCGAUUUCCUACACUCUGUUAGAUGCUACCAAGCAGCCAGCAUUCUUAAAUGCAUUUGACAAAUCGGGAUUUAAAUCAUCAGAUAAACUACUGGUGGCUUACAAAUCUCGGAAGGGGAAGUUUGCAGCAUUUGAGGGUGAAUUGACCAUUGAAGAAGUAGAGGGAUUUAUCAGCUCUGUUCUCAACGGUGACAUACAAUUUAAGAAGACAUGGCAAAAGCCUGUGCUGAAGUAAAGCCAACCCUGAAAGAUUUUGGAGCUUGUGGUUUUCCAAAUUAUGUAUAUAUAUCCUCACAUUUUACAACGGCUCUAGGCUCCCCUCCCAUAUGCGGCCACCUUUUGUUGUGAUGUAAUUUUUUGAGCAAUAUAUCAUCAGCAAGAAGUGCAGUUUGAAGUGAAAAGAGGUUUUAUUGCAUAGUUUAAACUGCUUAGUUACAUCUUUCUUCCAUGUAAAAAUUAUGACCACUUUUUCCUCUGCUCAACUUUGUUUUUUUUCAGUUGGAAGUGAAAGAGAAUGAAGAUGUGGAAGUGGAAGAAAUUUGUAAGUAAUGUUCUAUUUCUACCUUAUUCUGGAUUUUCCUUCCCAGUGAAUAUGGUGCUGGUAGUGCUCCAUUGGCUCUAUAUGCCUUUAGUGCGUGGUCCAGGGGGACAAUUGAGAGUAGAAAUGCAUUAUUCAAAGCAAAAUUCUGUGGUAUUAGGUGGUUAAGGAUUUACUUGUAUAUUAGGUGGUUAAGGAUUUACUUGUAUAUUAGGUGGUUAAGGAUUUACUUGCAUACUUCAUGUAUUUUGGGGAAUUUCAGAAGGACAUAAAAGAAAGUUCGGUUUAGAGGAAGUGGGAAACCCAUGGAAAUUUACGCAUUAAAUUUUCUAGUAUAAUGCAAUAAGUAAUAAUUGAUUACGUAUAAAAACCACCCCCAUAAUAAUUAAUUCCAUAUAUUUUCUCGUCAACAACAUUUGAAAAAAAAAAAAAAUCUUUUGGUUUAGUUUUAUAAAGCAAUAGAACUGUUUUCCUCUUUGGGAAACAAAUCAUAUUUAUUAUUGUUAUUAUUAUUAUUUCUAUUAUUAUAUAUAUAUUUUUAUCAGUCAAACUGGCCAUUUCUAGAUAGAUGAAAUAAAGAUUUAUUUACCAAAAAGGUUAAAUAAAGAUUUCCACGGAUCCUAUGUAAAAUCCAACUUAAAAAAAAGAAAAAAGAAAAAAUCAAACCCAAAGAAAAUUAUAAGAGGUUCUAUUUACACUAAAAAAUUUUAAUAACCACGCAGCAUUUUCAAUUAUAUUUUUAUAUUUCAAAAAUAUUUUUUGAUAAAAAAUCACAAAUACUCUUAUAAAAAUAAAUUGUUUUGGUAUAUAUAAUUCGGAUUAUUUAAAUCAGAUUUUGUAUAUUAAAUUAUACAAUGAAAUUUAGAUGAUAUAAACUAAACAGAAUUUCAAUAAUAUAUGAAGUCGUUCAUUAAUAUAUAUUAAAAAAAAACUUGUUUUUUCAUUGAUACUUAAGAUGCAAUAAGGAAAAGUUUAAACAAUUCGUAACUUAAGACUUGUGAUUUAAGUAAUUGAAUCAAUUGGAUUAAAUUGUCAGUUUAUAAAGUUGAAAAUAAACAUAACAAAACUGAUUUGGAAAUUAGGACAAUCAAAUAGAAUUAAAAGGUAGAGAUGAUGCAAUGUAUAUAUUUAAGAAUAAAUAAUGUAUAAAUUAUUGAUAUAGAUAAAAAUUAAAUUAAAAGUGAAUAUGCAGAAUAUAAUGUAGUUAUUAAAUUUCAUAUUAUCAAUGGAACCAUUCAAAUUAUAAUAUCUUAAAAAUACUUUAAUAAAUAAAAGGAUUAUCUAUUAAAGACUACCAAGAAAACUUCCUAGUCCAAUAAAGUAGAGAGCUUUGUUUUAAAAAAUAAUAAUAAUAAAUAGAUAAACAAAGUGAAGAGCUAACAAAUUGGAAUUUUUUUUUUUUUUGGGGCUGAAAAUAACUUAAGAGUUUAUUUGCACACAAUACCUUUUUUUUUUAGCACACAUACUCAAUAAAAGAAAUAGCUUUAAAAAAAAAAAAAAAAAACUCAAAAUAGGGCAAUAUUGACUGAAAAAAAAAAAAAAAAAGGAAACAAAAAAGUUAAAUUCAGCAAAAAGUUGUAUUUUUUCUUUGUUUUUUUUUUUUGGGGCUUCGGCAGGAAGCAAAGGUCGAGAAGAAGCUGGUCAAAAAGUUCAAGAGGCCACAGAUUGACCGCCAGAUCUCUGUGAAGAAAAUGAUAAUCGUCCACCGUCUAACUAUGCUUUUAAGCAAAAAACUCAUGGACGAAAGUAAUUACUAUCAAUGGAAAACCAAUCUCUAUGUAGUUCUUGAGCUUCAAAAUAGCAAGUUUGUCUUAACAUUACCAAAGCCCCUAGAACCAACUGCUACUGCAUCUGAAGAAAUCAAGACGCAAUAUGCAGAUUGGCAACGGGCAAAUACUGUAGCUCGUUGCUAUAUUCUUGCCAGUGUUGUUGACCAUCUGCAGCAGCUAAUGUCCUGCUUAGAGACUGGAGCAGAAAUGAUCCUGACUCUAGAUAGAAUGUUUAGCAAGCUCGGCUAGAGAGUCUGCUAUAAGGGCAUUAAAGUUCACACGUAUGACUAGAGGAAAUGUGCGUGAACAUUGCCUUGCAAUGUUGUCACAUAUCAGUUGUGCGGAAAUGAUGGGGGCUAAGCUGAAACAAGAGAUGCAGAUCGAUAUGAUCUUGAAAUCUCUGCCUGACAGCUUCAACGAGUUCAAAAUAUUUUAUAGUUUGAACAAAUUGAAAUUUACUCCUAUUGAGCUAAUGCAUGAGCUUGAGAGUGCUGAAAAGUAUCUCACAAAGCCAAGAAAUGUCUAUUAUGCUCAAAGUUCUUAUAAACCUAAAGGGCAAUCUAAGGGUAGGAAUAAGAAUAAGAAAGGAGUUGGUUCAGCUGUCAAAUCAGCUGCAAUGAAAAAGUUAACAAGCAAGUGCUUCAAGUGUAGACAGAAGGGUCAUUGGAAGAAAAAUUGUCCUAAAUCAGUUGUAAUAAAGCAGGCUUCUCAGUAAAGGACAGAAUCUUGAAGUUGGGAAACAAAGAAUAUUUCUUCUUAAUGACAGUCUCCCAGAAAUCUCUAUCAAAGAACUAAAUUCACCCUUUGGUUGUAUGGAUUUGAUUUCCUACACGUCUGUUAGAAGCCACUAAACCGCCAGCAUACCUAAAUGCAUUCGACAUAUCAGGAUUUAAAUCAUUAGAAGAUAAACUAUUGGUGGCUUUACAAACCUCGGAAGCAGAAUUUUGGCAGCAUUUGAGGGUCAAAGACUCAAAUGACCAUUGAAGAAGGAGAGAGAGAUUUAUCAGCUCCAUUCUCAAUGGCACACACAGUUUGAAAAGACUAAGGCAAAAACCUGUGCUUCAAGUAAAGCCAACCCUGAAAGAUUUUGGGGCAUGUGGUAACUUUCCAAAUUAUAUAUAUAUAUGUAUAUAUAUCCACACAUUUUACAACAGCUGUGGUCUUCUCUACCAUAUGCCUCCUCUUGUAAUCAUGUAAAUUUUUGAGCCUCGUAUUAUCAGGAAGAAGUGCUGUUGGAAGUGAUCUUACUUAUCUGUGGAUGGAUGCCACAAAAGAGGUUAUCUACUUUUGAAGGUUUGAA